GUUACGUUGAAGUCGCCACCUGUUGGACGACGGAUAUCAAACGUUAAUCAAUUAGCUUUAAACAAACGGUGUUGCGCACUGCGUGUGGUGGUUUUUGCUGAUGUUUCCCUCGUCUGGCCUUUUUGCGGAUAUAAAUUGUCCUUUCUCAAAACGUGGGCUUUGUGAACGGCCUCACUGUUUGUACAAACAUGCGGCAGAGUUACGAGGCAUGUUUGGUGCAUCGCCGAUAGUUGACUUUGCAGGAGUCCAAGGUAACUACCCGUAUGCUGACUGCAGAGCAUCAGCGAAUGAUCCCAUGAAAGAUGUCUGCCUCCAGGAGCUGGAACGGAUCAGCCAGGAGAUUGAAACUGUAAAGCACGAGGUGGAAAGAGAGCAAAAGCGGCUGUCACACUACCAGACUGUACAGGCAGACAGCAAGAACACUGUGCCUAAUUUACCUAAGUAUGAGACUGUGGGUAAAAAUGUUGACCGACGUUCUUAUGGACUUUCUUCAUGCACAAAAUUGAUUAAAACGUACUCCCUACCACGGAAGUACGUGGUUGACAGCUCAAAACCGAGGACUGAUUUGGAAUAUGACCCUCUAUCUAACUUUUCUGCUGAUUUGCGGUCUUACAGCUCAUCGGGUAAAGAGCAAAAAAUGAAAAAUGGACAAGGUUUGAAAAGAACAAGAAACACUGUGCCUGGUGACCAAAAAAAGCCAGUCACAUAUCAGGCUCAGCUUUGCCAAAUGCCGUCUCCAGAACCGCUUGAUGACUCCAGUGAAGACUGUGUCCUGAUUAUUGACGUUCCUCCUUCACCUGACAAAAAGAGGGGGAGAGCUCAGAAAGCUGUUGAUAGUGUUGCUGGAAGAUCCCUCCAGGAUAAAUUAGAGGAAAUGAGGGGGGUUGAAACAAUGCCUACUGUACUUCAUUCUCCACCGCUGCACCUUGCAGAAGCAGAGACAUGCAGGGUCAGAUCUCAGCCUGCAUCAGUAGUAGAAGAAAACAAAGUUUAUAGUAACUGCAGUGCUGAAAUCAGUCAAGGUCCAUUUAAUCUUUAUGAGAAGAGCAAAUGUGAAAAUAAACUAACUUAUGGGAGUGUAGUUGACUUGACUGGAUGUCUAGAAGAUCUGAGUAGAGACAGCCAGAAAACUACUCACUUUCAGGUUGUUGAAGCAGAAGUGGAAAAAAGUCCUGAGCCUUCAUAUCCUCCUGCCACCACUGACCAGCAAACCUGGAACAAUCUGGUGGUGGAACAGGAAGAAAACACAUUUCAGGUUGACUUGCUCCACCAUGAGUUUCCCCAUAGCGUUGAGGAAAUGGAUCUGCAGGAGCUAUGUAAUUUCCCAUCAAGGAAUUCACUUUUUUAUAAAGCUCCAGCUGCUAAUUCUCACUUGCAGUGCGCACAACAAAGCAAGCAUGGCCAUACAACAGAGUCGCCUGAUCAAAGCAGAACUGGCAAUCAGUGUUCUUCCACAAAAUCUGUACUGUCAGUGCUUCCACGCAGCCAAAAAACAUCAAGCAAAGUUCCAGGACAGAUGCACAGUAAAGCUGCUGUUAACUGGGCUCCACAUGAAAGCUACCUGGAGCAAACAGAACCAAUUCCUGGCAGCAGCCAAGCUCAGGUUCUGCGAAGUUCAUCUGCAUCAAGUUUGACUAACAGAGCUGAACCAUUAUCCGCAUCAGAGGACAAGGCUUUGGAAAAAGUAGAUAAUGAGGAGGUUAUAAUCAUUGAAUCCAGUUCUGACGAAGAUGACCUCAACUAUUCAGAAAUGGAGUUGUCUGACAGUGAUCCAAUGGAGGAAUGCUACAGGAUCUUCAUGGAGGAAAACGAGGGAAUGGGAAAUGAGCAGCUUGUGUCUGAUGGAGCUAUGGAUAUGGAGACGCCAGAGUUUAAAGACAAACCAUGGGCAUUGCAAAGAAAGAAGAGGGUGGCCCACGUGGCCAGACAUUCAGAGCCAGUGACUAAGAGCAGACCUCAGCCCAAGGUUCUGGUUCCCCUACGUGGGCCUGCGGUGGCAGGAUUUACCUCCAGAGUCCAGCAGGUACAGCAGACAGCCUCCAUGCUGACUGCUUCGGUUAAAGGUGGACAGGCUUUUAUUUCCUCAACCUGUCAGAAGAGGCCAGAGACCCAGAAUGCACCUUCUCCUUCAUCUCAAAACCCUGAAAACCCACAACCUGCUCCUGUGCAAAAUGCUUACUUGAACUGCAUACCUUUGGGAACUGCGGUGAUCAACAUGGGCAACAACUUGCACUUGAUCCUCCCUGAGGCUCCCUUUCCUCUGCCUGUUACUUCCAGUUCCAACCAAGUUACUUCAGUGCUAACCCCCAUAAACCACGUGCAGACGAGGGCUGUCCCUGUGAAACAAUCAUACUAUCCACCUGCAGUUACAUCUGUGCAACGAUACCAAACAACAGCACCUGUGCUCAUUCCUGCUCCGGCACGUAAACCUUCACAGACUUCUGCCUUUGCAUCAGCACAUUCAAGUCCAGCUGUUUCCACUACUCCUCUGUAUGCUGGUCUUGCUCCUGUUAAGCCAGCACCAACUAGACGUAAAUUGAAGCAGCAGUGCGAGGCUGCCAAAGACAAAGUGCCGCAUGACCUCAGACAGAGUUAUGUCAACAAGUUCACAGAGGAGUUUCUCAAAAUAACAGCCAAUGCUAAUGAUGCCUUUGAGAAGGCACUUGCUGAAGAGAGGACUGUGUAUAAUCGCAGUGUGAACAAACUGAAAUAUCAGAGUGUUGCAGUGAAUGCACUGAAGAGGCUGAAGAGCCAAAAUGCCGCUGCUGCUGCUGCUAAAGAAGAAAAUAAGGUCAACAGCCAAAGUUUCAAAGGCAACAUUCCGUUAAAUCUGAAGAAGUUUAAAGGAAAUGAUGAUAUGGCAUUGUAUGAGGGUUUGAAGAACUAUAUUUUGAGUGAGGAAAAGCUGAUUGAGAGCAACUUUCCUGUCCAGCACCCAGAGAAACCUGGUUGUGCUGUUCUUUUUGCUGACAAUAAGAAAGGCAGCACAGACCCCCUAAAGAGGAUCUGCUGUAGGUGUGGGGCUACGUUCUCUGUAAGCCAAAUGGGCAAGCACAUUCGUAAGGAGGAGUGUAAUUACCACUAUGGGAAAGGAAUAAAGAAUAAAGUUCCAGGUGGAGUGGAAACCCGCUAUAGCUGCUGUGAAGGAGUCAUGGGAGCACCUGGAUGUCAAGUGUUUAAGUUGCAUGUCCAUAAUUCCCUCAGCCUGGAUGGGUUUGUGUUGACGGUCCCUAGACAUCCCUCAGAUACAAGCUGUCCUGGGGUCUACUCCUUGGAUUGUGAAAUGUGUUAUACAGUUCAAGGUCUGGAGCUGUCCAGAGUGACGCUGGUCAACUCAAGUCUGCAAGUCAUCUAUGACACCUUUGUCAAGCCCGAUAAUGAGGUCAUUGACUAUAACACAAGGUUUUCAGGCAUUACUGAGGACGACAUGAAGGGUAACCACACCUCCCUCAGAGAGGUGCAGGAGACCUUACUGAGCUUCAUUAAUGCUGACACCAUUCUGAUUGGACACAGCCUAGAAACAGACCUCUGUGCCCUGAAGUUUCUCCAUGGAACAGUGGUGGACACAUCAGUGGUCUUUCCCCACCGUCUGGGCCCCCCUCACAAGCUGACGCUCAACAACCUCACAGCUGAUUACCUCAGGAGGAUCAUUCAAGAGAGUGUAUGUGGCCAUGACACUGCAGAAGAUGCUGCUGCCUGCAUGGAGCUUAUGUUAUGGAAGGUCAAAGAAGAUGGAAAAUUCAAGAAAUGAAAUAAAAACAUAACCCCUCCCCCACACACAAAGUACUCAUGCUAUGCAAGUUUGAAUGCCACAUCUAUUUGUUUGAAGCUCAUUUGGCUUUGUUCUGAUGAUAUAAAAGAGCUGUUUACUUUUAGUUUGAUUACAUCACUUUAUUUAUGUUAAUACAUUAUUUUCUGUAUGUUAAAUUUUAAUUUGCAGCCCACUGUGUCCAUUUCUGUAUAAAUGUCAGUGAUUACUUUGUGUGCUAAGAAAACCUGAAGGUGAGGUGUCAUCAGUAUUAACCAAAUAAAGGUGCAGAAUGA